AUGUGCAAUUGUAUCUUGGUGCUUUUGUCGCUUUUAUUCCCACCCCUCCCCGUCUGGAUCAAAUGUGGGAUCUGUUCAGCAGAAUCAUUGAUUAACAUAGCACUUUGUAUCUUGGGUUAUAUCCCAGGUGUGAUUCAUUCUAUUUAUGUGAUAGCCAAAUAUCCAAUACAUUAUGUUGUUUUGGAUGAGGAAGCUCAAGUUUAUAGACGUCAUAAUCAACGUCAAAGAGAUCGUGUUCAAAGCGGUCCACCAAGGGUUAUUAUUAGAGAACGAGUUUCUACACCAAGUAAUGAGCUUUUAGCAAGUGAUUCAAAUGGUCAAUUUUAUGGAUCCACUAGUAAUGAAAACCCACCUGAUUAUGAACAAGUUAUGCAAAAUGAUAAUGGGGUUAAUCAACAAUAUCAAUUGAAAACUUCAAGACGUUAA